CUCUGCACAACCUUAUCAGCCAUCCUCCCCUCCAUCCAUCCAUCAACGCACUCGAUCCGGAUCAUCGGUGUCCAUGCAUCUUCACACACAGACGCACAGAUGCUCAGUCCCUCCCUCCCGCCAGCCGACAUCAAGGCACCCACACACUGCGCCACCAUUCACGGGGGCACAUGCGCGAGUGCAGUGAAGUCGUCUGACAGGCAGGGAGCGAGCUAGAGGCACACAGGCGACGCACUGUAGCUAGCGGCAAGAGAGGGAGACAAGAGGGGGAAACAACCACGCUCGGUGACGAGCUGAUGACAUGGCGGACCCACAGACACACUCUUACACAGACAGUUUACACCGAAACCGCGGUCACACAGACGGACUGACUGACUUCCCCUGUCUGCCCCAAUAGUAGGAACACACUCAGACACACACGAAUGCAUUGCGACUGACUAGUGACUGUCUGCCUGUCGGUCUGUCUGUGUGUGUGUGUGUUGCGAUGGACGGCCGAACAGCCAGCCAGCCUGACGCAUCCAUGUUCUCUCCCACCCAGAAGUGUUGGUCAUCUCCGGUGAUCUGAGAGCACUCACAACAAAGGGAAGACACACCAGUGAGGAAGUCCGUCUGCUCUGCCUCUCAUCACACAUGGGCCUAGUCGUGUGCUUACUGUGGGACGCCUCGUUCAUGGCCAUGUCUGCAGCAGCCAUGCGCACAGACGAAACAUGAGAUUGAAUGUGUGUAUGUGUGUGUGGGGGGGUGAGUGGUGACUGACUGACCUGCCUCUUCUCCCUCGACAGUGGACAGCGCCUGCUUGAGCACUGUGGGAAUCGACUCCUCAACCUUCACACCAGAUACAGAAAAAGCAGAGCAAGGCGGUUUGGUUUGUCGCUUCUGUGGUGUGCAGUCUCUUGCUCAAAGUUACCAUAGCGAGUGCCUCUAGGAUGGGCAUGAGGUCAAACAGCUCGCGGUCGUUGUCGUCGUCAAACCUGAGUGAUACACACAGACAUCGACAAUCACACACACACAACUCUGACUUACCAGCUCUUGAUGGGGAUGGCGUUGUCAGGCUGCAAGCUGUACGCCAACGGGGAAUUCUGAACGAAUCGACCGAGCCACCAACGACAGAGAGAGAGAGAGAGUGGCGUAGUGACGUCAUGCAUUGCAGUGCAUUGGUCUGUGUGUCUGUGCUUAUGUGUGUGUUGUCUGGCUCACAUCGAUGAUGAUGAGUGUGGCGAGGUCUCUCCCCAUCUUGGACAAGUCCUUGACGUAGGAGCCAUUCCUGAACCACACACACAUGGACGCACACCCAUGAAGAGCACUGACUGAGGUAUUUAUCUAUUACCUGAGUGUGCAUGCCUCCCUGAACAAUCUCCAUGUGCAGAGCCGCUUGGUGUCCAGCUGGUCCAACAGAGGGUCAGCAUACUGUGUUAACACACACACACAUUCCAUUCCACACAUCACACAUAUGGAUCGGAUCGACAUCCAUCCAUCCGUCCGUCCGUCGGUGCGGUGCUGACCUUGGACAGCGAAGCGGUGAAUAUGACAACCUCAUAGAAGCGAGCAACAUAGGCAAGAAACUCAUCCACACCUAAACACACACACACACACACACACACAAGGUCGGUUGUGUGUGUGUGCCAUGAUAUGAUCGGCCGACGCACCGCCCCGCACCAGGUCUUUUGAGAACGUAUAUGUCGUGGACGUUUCCCUCGAUCUCGACGGGUAUGAUGAAGGCGGCGUUGGCCACCGGCUUGAACGAACUGUGCACCAACGUCUCGUCCAAAUCCAACACCAACGUCUUCUUACCCUGACAUACACACACACAUCCAUAUCCACACACACACACACACACAGACGGACACAUAGACGCAUCCAGGAAUCCCUCUUCGAUGCCCGCCGGCCGGCCGUGUGUGCGAGCGUCCCUCCUUGACUGACCACGUCCCGCCCUCUCUGUGGCCCCAGGUAUGACUUCGCCUUCGGCGAUGGCGGCGCAGCCUCAGGCAACGUCGGCUUCAACGGCUGCGUCCUGAACACAUCACGCCAAACCAAACCACACACCAAUCAGCCUGCCCCCUUGGCCCUCUGUGUGUGUGCUGUUAGACUGACGGAAUGGCGUCUUGCGCCCUGAAGCAGCCGCAAACGACUCCCAGCCCCCUCUUUUUGCGGACGUUGUCGGGGUUUGAGUGAGUGGGGCUGUCGUCGUCGCGGCUGUGUGGGUAGGAGGGGGGGUGGGAGUGGGGGCGGGGCGGGGAGGAUGAUGAUGCUGAUGCAUGGGCCAUCUUGGAGGCUGACGCCGAUGCGUAGGCGUCGUCAUGCGAUGGGCGGUAGUAGCUCUGAGCUGGCUGCCCGUCCCGGCCCACCUGGGCAACCAUCGAUUGCAAAGCAGAGGGAACCUCCCCUGACAGAUACAAACAAUGUUACACACACAGCCACACGCACACAGACAGAAAGAACAGAGAGAGAGGGAGAGAGGCACAGCGCACAAACAGACAGACAGACAGGGAUUGCAUGGCGUCACUCACUACCACCAUACAUAGCGAUGGGUGUGCUUCUGGCUCGUUGUUCUCUCCUGCGGCGACUGACCUGCGUUUUGGUGUUUCCGCAUGGUGUGUGGCGGAAGUGGUGUCCUCUGUUGUCAGCACCGGGGGAGGCCCAGCUAUACGGGCUCGGAGGCGGUUUGCUGCUCAAGCCCUCACUCCAAGGCGGUAGCACCCGAACAACACACCAAUGCAGCGACGGAUUUCUU